AUGGCAUCCGAAUCCUUCACACCAGUCUCCAUGCCAUCCGCUCUCAGAUUCGACCUCCUGGCUCGCUGCUCUACCACGAAAGCACGAGCAGCAAACCUCACACUCCCUCAUGGACCCGUUCAAUUGCCCUUAUUCAUGCCCGUGGCAACACAAGCAUCACUCAAAGGAUUGACACCCGAACAGCUCGAAGCAACUGGUUGUCGAUUAUGUCUAAACAAUACGUACCAUCUAGGCUUGAAGCCAGGACAGGAAGUACUGGAUAAGAUCGGAGGAGCACAUAAACUGCAAGGAUGGAAACACAAUAUCCUCACAGAUAGCGGGGGCUUCCAAAUGGUCUCCCUCCUCAAACUCGCCCAAAUCACUGAACAAGGCGUCCGCUUCCUCAGUCCCCAUGAUGGCACCCCUAUGCUCCUCACCCCCGAACACUCCAUCAACCUCCAAAACACCAUCGGCAGCGAUAUAAUCAUGCAGCUGGACGACGUGCUCGUUACCACUUCGCCCGACCAUGCACGUAUGCGCGAGGCCAUGCUUCGCAGCGUCCGCUGGCUCGACCGAUGCAUAGCCGCGCACGCGAAUCCUACUACACAGAACCUCUUCUGCAUUAUCCAAGGUGGUUUGGAUCUCGAGAUGCGCGCGGAGUGUUGUAGGGAGAUGGUUGCGCGGGAUACACCGGGGAUAGCAAUUGGUGGGUUGAGCGGUGGAGAGGCAAAAGCGGAUUAUUGUCGUGUGGUCAACACCUGUACGAGUUUACUGCCAGAAAUGAAGCCGAGAUAUGUGAUGGGAAUUGGGUAUCCUGAGGACCUCGUUGUCAGUGUAGCGCUUGGAGCGGAUAUGUUUGAUUGUGUGUGGCCGACUCGGACGGCGAGAUUUGGGAACGCGAUAACGAAGUACGGGAUGUUGAAUAUGCGACAUGCGAAGUACGCCAGUGAUUUUGGGCCUGUGGAAGAAGGGUGUGGAUGUGUAUGCUGUCGAAAAGGAGAAGGCGGACUGAAUGUCACAAGGGCGUUUGUUCAUCAUCUCGCUGCUAAGGAGACGGUGGGCGCGCAUCUGUUGACUAUGCACAAUGUGUGGUAUCAACUGGAACUGAUGCGGAAUGUUCGGAAAGCGAUUUUGGAAGAUAGAUAUCCUGAGUUUCUGAAGCAGUUCUUCAAGGAUUUACAUGCGGGAGAUAAAAGUAUGUACCCGGACUGGGCGGUUGAGGCGUUGAAGACUGUGGGUGUUGAUUUGAUGGAGUAG